GCGCGGCGCGGGGAGGCCUCGCUGCGGCUGGGCGGAGGGGGCAGAGGGGGGUGUGCCGAGCAUGCGCGCUGAGGGCGGCCCCCCCCCCCGCUCCUCUACAAACGCGCUCCCGCCCCUCCCUGCCGCGGCUGCGGUGUGUGCGCGCGCGCGGGCGGUUGUGGCUUUGCGCGAGGAGGUCGCGGGCGCUAACGGCCGCUUCCCGCAGCCCUCGUACGUGGGGUGCCAUCAGAUGAUUCACCUUCAAGUAGCAUCAGUGAAAAUUCUCUUGGAUGGUUUCAAAGGCACAUCCUGAAGGUAAUAGAGGGAAAGGAAGGAAGAAGUCAGUCUCCUUCACUAUUUCUGUUCCUUCUGUGCUCUUUAUGCCUCACCUACCAGUGAAUCCAGACUUCUUGUGCAAAUCCAGCGUAAAAGAAUAUAAACUCUGGAGAUGAGAUGGACCCAAAUGAUGUUCCGGAUCAGAUCUUGAACUGCAUGCACUGCUAGUUCUAAACUGACCUGUUGGGAGUACGAACAUGUUGCAGUUCAGCUAUUCCCUGGUCUUCCCAUGUACAGCACGUGACCCCAGCGGACAGUACAUUGACUUCCCAGGCAUGAGGCUAGUUCAUUCCUACAGUCAAGAUGAAACCUUUUAUCACAUCUUUGCUUGUAAAAUCCUAAUCCUAAAGAUCAAUCACGAGCUUUCCACCUCUAGUGCUGCUCUUAACAUUUAAUUCUUGAACUCAGAUGUCAGUAUUGGCUUCUAAGGUAAUGGGAUUUAACCAGUCUUGAAUUAUCAUGUGUGCUGUUGUAGGUACAAAGCAUGGUGAUAAAUUUCUGAUGUGGAGCCUGGAACUAGACUGGUACUAUUAAUGUGAUGUGGCAAACCCUAGAUAACCUUUACAUAUGAAGAGCUUCAGUCCCCACUGAACUGUAUUUUGAUCCAUAAAAGAUUAGCAGAUGAGUAGGUCAUUACCAAUUUUUUUGGUAAUUUGGUCUUUUGAGAUAUCAAGGACUCCCCACUCCUUUCCAAAAUGCUGAUGUUAUCUUCAAGAGUGAGGUUUAUUAGGAAGGUAAACUUUGCAUUACAGCAGUGUUCUAUACAGCAGUACAAUACAAGAGGUUUUGCACUGCUCUGAAGUGCAGGAUAUUAUUGAUGGAGAGUCUCUUUCUCCAUUUCUACAUGCCCAGUGAAAACUUUGUUAAAAAAGAUGCCCGCUAAACUAUGUCAUAUCAGGGAUAUUUGGAAAAUAGUAUCUUCAUAGAAUAGCUUUCAGGAUCAGAGCUUCAGAUUCAAAAAAUACCUGGAUUUAAAAUGUAGGUACUCAUAUUUCUUAAGCAGUGGGUUAUCCAAGUUAAACGGAUAGGCAUAGCUACAAGGACUGGACAGCUGAGUUACAGUUUGGGUUUAGAAUUUUAAUCUCCUUUGGUGCUGGUAGAGUGUAACUUAUUUGGCAAAAUAAGAAAAUGGCAUCAGUAUUAAGAGUGAUAUGAUUGUGCAGUUCUUGAUUCCUGUAUGCCUUAUGACGUUACCUUCUCUCUAGUCUGUGCUGACCUUUUUUUAACCAGGAAUAAAGUUUUAGAUUGACACUGCUUUGUACAUCUUUCUCCCCACCUCCAUCAAAUCAAGUAUUUACUUUUGCUUAGUUAUGAACAUUAAAGCCUUGCCUCCAUGCCCCAUCACUUACUGUUUUUUUCCUACUGUGUGAUCUGACUGUUCAGGUUUCUGUGUAGUUUGUGUUGGCGUUAAUCAGCUGCAGUUCAUACUAUAUUGUAAUGUCAGUUCAUACUGUAUUGUAAUGUCAUACAAGUUCGUUUUGAGAAAAGGCUUUAGUUGAUGCAUUGAGUAUUUUAGCUCUCGUUUGUCACAGGAUACCUUGUACUUAAUCAAUGAGUUAUCUUUAUUUUGGGAACAAAACUUAUUUUUAUCUAAUUUUCUUACUAUAAACUUGAUCUUCAUGUGUUGCUUUUCGGGUAUGUGCUGACUAAUGUAAUAGUUUAGCCAUUUGUUUUGGUUUUUUUAUUUUUAUCUCUUGAUUUUCCUUUUGCUCCAGUAAUUCAAAACUGUUUUAUAUGUUAAUGUUAGCACAAAGUGUUGUCACAUUUCACUUAACAUUAAUUUUUUUGAGCCCAGGGCUCUUAAACUGCCAUUAGUUUGGACGAUAUACUAGUUUUGGCUGCACAAUGAAGCUUUAUAUAUGGAGCUGUGAACAUCAGUAUAGUUCUUGCAAUGACGUCAGUUUUCUUCUUUUAGGCUUUUGCGGAAGGUAAAAUUCACCUUUGUGCACAUGACAUGGAACCUGAAGUGCUGCCUAAGUUGUAUGUGGUUUUAGCUGUCCUGUAAAAUUACCUCAGCUGGCAUGGAAUAAGCAACCAGUUUGCCCUUCCAGUGUCCUCAGAACUCAUCAAGAAGUGUUCAAUGGACUCAUAAUUAUUCUUUGGACAGUGGUGCUGAACCUCAGUUUUUCUUAUAAGAAAGCUUAGAAAGAGCACUGUUUCUUAUAAGCUUCCUCUGAGGGCAUAGAAAGCAGCUGGAUUAGCUUUUCGAUUUCAAUUCUGGUGUUCUGCGUAUGCCUCCACUACAGAAUUCCUAUUGCAGCACCUUUUUCUAACAUCACUCCCAAAACAUAGACAUUAUAAUUAGGUGUCUGCAUUUUGAUGAACGCUUGUAGCUGUAUGUAAAUACUUUAAAAUCACAAUAUAGCAGAGUUCUAAAAGUAUUAAGGGUUUUUUAUUUUGCACUAUGUAGGUUAGAUAUGUUUUUAAUAUGGCAAAAAAGCUAGUACCUUCCUGGGCAGUAUGACAAUACUAUAUAUGAAUUAAAGCUACUUCUGAAUCUGUUCAAGUUCCACUGUGACCGCUCAGUGCUUAUUAAAUAAUUAUAAAUUUAUUGAUAGCAUCUUGAAACCUGCCUUUGAUAAAAUAAUCAUGUACCUAAUACAAUAUUUUCAUGCUAAAACAGCAAUCAUGAGUGGCCAUGUAAAAUAAUGUUUUUAGCAAACUUUUAAUUUAAAAUAAGUCUAGUAUUUCUAAUCACUUAGUAAUUAUUUUAAAAAAUAAUUUUCCAGAGGAUGAAAUUAUGUCCUAGCCCUGCUGUAAAAAUUGAUUUUAUAGGCAUUUACUUCAUAUGACUUAAAUCAAGUCCUAGAUAGUGAUUUUGCAUUUGAGUGUUUAAUUACUGAUGUCAAUAAAUAAAUAUCAUAACUCUACUCAGAUAGUAAUUAAACUGGUAAUAAAGGAAGUUUAGCUUCUUGGAAGUUUUGUUUGAAACUUUUCAGUGCAAACAACUUGUCUGCAAGUCUGCAUCUGCUACAUGUUUGGAAGUAUCAGUAUCAGAAGUGAAACAAUUUAGUUUUAUAUAAGAAAGCUGGGCAAUAGGUAAUUUCCAUGUUUAUACUUUGUGCAUUUAAUUUUACAGGCUUUGAAGCAUAAAGUGGUGUUUUACUAGUUAGAGAAACUAUUUUGAUCUUUAGUUAUUUUUAAAUUCCUAAGAAAAGGCCUAAUAUAGUUUCUGGCAUUUGCUAAUAUUUAGCAUUACAAACCACAUUGUUUAAAGUCACUUACACAGCAGUCAGAAAUGUCUAAAGGACCUCAAAUCCAUAUUUUUGUUGGAGCACCCAGUAUUCCAAGCCAGCUGGAGGUGUCAGAACAUAAUAGUUCAGUGCCUGCUGCUGAAAAAUGGAGAGAACUCUACUGUUCAUGUGAUAGACGUGGUCUUUUUUCUGAAAAAUGCAGACGUACUGACCACUUCAUGUUUCAGGGUGAAAGCCCUAUAGUCACAGCAGUUCCUACAAAUGAUUACUGCUCCCAGCAAUCUGAACAGGGGAGACUAAUUUUAGCGAAAGAGUGUUUGACAUCUUCUGUAACUUUGGAAACCAAUGCCAGUACUCCUAAGACAACUGGCAGUUUAAUUUACUCUGAUUGUCAAUUAUCUAAAGAUAGAGGCACACACACAAAUGUAAAUCAGGCUGCAGAUCAACACCUUCCUCAAAAGUUUGGAAAAUCAGAUGAACAGGAUGAAAAACAGUCACAUGGCUGUUGUUCAAAGCUCACUGAAGGAAAAGCCAGUCAUUUGGAAGUUAACUGCUCUGACAUUUCUGAUUUGGUUGCCUGUACUAAGCAGAUUAGCAUACAUCUAAGGUCUGUGGAAAAAGAUGUUCCAACAGGUCAUGUAAGAGACUCCCAUGAACAUCUAAGUCAGUAUCUGGUUAUGUUUUUCCCCCCAAAUCAAGAGUCAAAACCAAAAGGAGAACUAAACGAUUGUUCAAACCUUGCAGUGUCAACUGAUACUGAAUUUCGUAGUAUAAUGACUUCCAGUCAGAUGGCUGUUCUUGCACAAGAUCACUUUAAGAAACAAAAUGAGAUGCAGAAAAGAACUAUGGAACUACUGGAAACAGAAACAGGGAAUAAACGUGAGGAAAGGCAAUAUGAACACUUCAGUCUUAAUUCUGAUGUCAGAACAUGUCAUAGUGUGGCUGAAAGUGCUUGCGAACAAGAGUAUACAGGUUCUCUUGAACUUUUCAGUUCUGAGAGUGAUGGCAAAACCUUUUUUGAAGCUACAAAACGAGAAGGAAGUGCUCAUGAAAAUACAGAGACAUCUGAAGAACUUCUUAAUGUUCCUGCUGAACAAUUUGUAAAUGAAAUCCAUAUUGAACCAUUGAGCUCAGGAAUACUGUGCUCCCAAGUAAGCAGUUCUCAUAACAGCUCUUCUAAAAGAGCUCGCAAGUCUGAAGAGUCUCUUUAUAUUUUUCACUCUGCAGUUAAAAGGCAGCUGAAAUCAAAGAGAGCUAAAUUGAAUUCUUCUCUAGCUGGUCCUAAAAUGAGGAUGGAUCAAGAGAGGAUGACAGAGUUCAAGCAACUUCAAAAGCAUCUUCUAUCACUACUUAAGAAUUGCUGCUGCAAAAAUCAGAAGUACAAUGUUUUGGUCGUGAUAGUACAUCCCUGUCAUAUUAAAGAAAUACAGAUAAAGACAAGACCCAAAUCUUCAUCGAAAGUUCCAGUGGCAACAAUUGUAGUUACUGACCAGUCCAAAAUUGAGAGAAAGGUUGUGCUAUGGCAUGCUGCUGCAUUUUGGUCACUCACUGUGUUUCCUGGGGAUAUUGUACUACUUACAGAUAUCAUUAUGUAUGAGAAUCUUUGGUUUGGAGAAAUCAUGCUGCAAUCUACAUGUACCAGUCAGUUAUUGAACCUGGGGAACUGCUCAGCUUUUAAUCCAAAAGAAUUUCAUCAUAUAGUGGAUGUUGGUGUUCUCCAUGGUUUAUUGGCAUACGUAUCAUUGGAAUUUCCCCACUUUGGAGACCUUCCAUGUAGACAAGUUCAGAGAUUGGACAGUGUUCAGCAUGUUCAGCUAGACCAGCUUCAGUCAAAUACGCUGGUUCAUUCAAUCUUAAAAAUCAUCAGCAUCACCAUAUUAACAGAAUCUGUGUACAGCUACAAAGGGGGCAGCCAAAGAAAAAUUAUUCUAAUGGUAGAACAGAACAGAGAUCAACAAUAUAGGAUGGUGCUGUGGGGAGCAGGGGCAGCCUGGUGCCCUCAACUUCAAAAGAAAAAAGAUCACAUAUGGGACUUUAAAUACCUUCUUGUCCAACAUAGUUCUGUCUCAGGUGACUUUGAACUGCACACAACUCCAUGGUCAUCCUGUGAGUGCUUGUUUGAUGAUGACAAAAGGGCAAUUGAAUUUAAAGAAAGGUUUCAGAAGAGCAAAACAUCCCUCAUGAAAAUGACAAAUCUCUCAGCACAUCUGGAGGAAAAAUGCUCAGGAGUGAUUCAACUGAAAGCCCGUAUCUUAGAGUUGAAGUUUACCAUUUCAACAGGCCAGUACGGGCAACUCAUCUUUGGUGCUAAUACUUCCCUGGACAGUGUUUUGGCUUCUCUGCCUAUGAUUACCUAUUCAGGUUGUGCUAAAUGUGGUUCAGAACUACAGGCAGAUGAGAACAAGAUCUACGAGCAAUGUGUUAGAUGUUUGCCAUACAACAAAGUAAAAACAUUCUACAGACCUGCUUUGAUGACAGUCGAAGAUGGAGGAUAUGAAAUCUCUGUUCAUGUGGUGUCAGAGCUGAUGGAAAAAAUCUUCCUCAAUAUUCCUGCAGACUGGCUGAACAGAUUAGUAGUGCCCUCCUCAGAUAUGACUUACCGCAUAAUAGUAGCAGAACUGUGUCAUUUGCUGCUAGCAGAUACGGAAGCAUCCUAUUUGUUGGAAAUUAGGAGCCAUUUUGUGCUGGAUGAAAACAGCUAUCCUUUGCAAAAGGACUUCCAUCUGCUAAAUUUUCAUCCUGAUCUGAUCUCUGAACCAUUGACCUCUGCAAUAACUGGUUAACAAAGACCAUAUGAACAAGCAGAUUGCAAAUAGAAGAAAAAUGAAUUAGCUCAAGGAACAAAUCAGAAUACAAGAAAGGAUUUCAUAUUUAAUUCAUACAAAAAUCAAAAGGACUGGUAUGGAAUAUCUGCUAAUUGUAUGCACUUCUACUGUACUAUUUAAUUGUCACACAGUGUAUUUUUAUACGUAUGUUUUUAUCUUAAUAAAAAUCUCUUGGUGGUAUCUCA